AUGUCGUACGUACUCUGGGCUCUGCCAAUGGCCUUCGCCCUCUUCUGGAUGGCGGGCCGCGUUGUGGCCUACUUCCUCUGGACCGCCGAGGAGGGCAUGGCCGACUUUGUCGCCACCGUGCUGCCCGAGGGCUACCACCCCUCCGUCGCCGAGGGCUUCUGGACUCAUGGCGUCAAGGUGCUGUACGAGGAGCGGAUGAGCCUCAUCCAGGCCCACGCGGGCGUGAGCGCGGUGUGGGGCGUGGCGGCCAUCCUGCAGCUGCUCCCGUUCGUGCGCAACUACGCUGGGUUCGUCGGCUACGUGUUCUACCUCUGCUCGGCCGUCUUCCUCGUCCAGAUGUCCUACAUCCUCUUCGUCCUCGGCAUGGUGAACGUGGGCCAGGGCAUGUUCGUGGCCGACGUGGUGUCGCUGGUGCUGGUGGGCGUCUGCACUCCGCUGGGCUACUACUACAUCAAGGCCGGCCAGGUCAACAAGCACCGGUCGAUGAUGAUCCUGGCCUGCGCUGGCCUCUUCUCCAACGCGGUCCAGCGCUUCGUGUGGGUCCUCAUGUCCAAGUCGGAGGUGCUGGGCCACGCCACGUCGUGGGAGGCCUGGCGCGAUGGCACGUCAUCGAUGACCGGCUACGUAGGGCUGACGCUCACCCUCCUCGUCGGCUGCUUCUACGCCUUCUUCACCAAGGCCGACGACGCGGCCGUCAAGCACAUGGUCGCGAAGAAGAAGCAGCAGCAGAAGCCCAACAAGAGGUCCAACAACAAGCCCAAGGCGAAGAGCGCUCCCGCUGUGGUCCGCUCGGCUAAGACCAAGGCCAACUGA